UCAUUUGAGCUGCUGUGGAUUCUGAGAGUUCUCAUAGCUCUAGACAACCUGCCCUUGGACCUGCAUUGCAACUGUGGACUUAUCUGGGGAUCUGGACUGGCUGCUGUUGGUUGGUGUCACCAGACUUGUUUUGCUCCUCGUGUUUGGGUCCUGCAGGGCCGUGCUGCUUGUGGUGAGCUCUCUAACUUACCUGCCUUUGCUGUCACCUUUGGCUUCUGGCUCUCUGUAGUGGUACACCCCUACUCUUGCUGCUCCAUCAUUUGCUCUGGUGUUCUGAACCCUGAGUGGAGCACUAUGAGGUUGACUUUCAGCCCGCAUAGGGCUUUUCCCAUAUGAUUUUCCCUGGGAUUCAGCCCUGCAGGACCUCAUGGCUACACAGGGAGGUCACAGCCUUCUGUAAUCACCACAGUGCUUCAGUGAGGAUUGGGAGUGGGUGCAAAGGCUUGGACUUAAAUGCGGUGGGUGGAGGCAUUAAAUGGGGCUGGUCAGGGUACUUGUUGGUAUGCUCUGGGCCCUGACAUAAUAUUUGUCAGAAUCUCUUGGCAGCCUUUAGCUCCAUGCAGGAUAUAGCAUGACUAAUGAAGCAAGCUGUAAUUUCACCCUAAUUUAAGCUUCUCCAUCCUGUUUUGAAAGAGUGAAUCCACAGGAGGUGCCGUGGACGCACUGUCAGUUCUCUACAGAAUUUUGAAGGCUGCAGUUUGAAUUUGUGUUUCACCAGAAUUAUUGCAGUGCUAAAAGCAGGAAAUCCUCCUGGUGGAUCGUGUCUUUAAGGAGAAACUCACCUGAUUUACUCUGAGGGAAGAGGAGAUCUGCUCAUUUCCCAUGGACACCAAAGACCUGUGGACUCACAGGAAUGCAUUUUUAGCUCCUUGCAGAGUGUGUGGUCUCCAUAACAUGCCCCCAAGAUACAGCCAUUGCAGGGUGCCUAACUCCUUUUUGCCAAAACAGGAAUAAUCCCUGCCUGAGGCUCCCUUGGAAGAGACUGGGAUGAGCUGUGCACACACAUGAUGGGUAGAAGUAGCAGGGCAGGAGUGGAAACUGGGGGAGGUGGUGAUAAACUGUAGAAUCACUUGAGUUGGAAGGGACCCUUCAAGGUCACCUGGCUCAACUCCCCUGCAAGGAACAGGAACACCUACAGCUUGAUCAGCUUGCUCAGAGCCCCAUCCUACCCGACCUUGAGUGUCUCCAAGGAUGGGGCAUCCACCACCUCUCUGGGCAAUCUGUUUAGAGCAGCGUGGGUGAGGUCUCUUUAAUAAGAACUUCCUUUGAGGAUCUAUUCAGACAUUUAUUUUCCUCAGUCCUUCACCAAGAUUUUCAGGGUGGAAGGCGUGGCUCCUGGGAGGGCAAUCUGAGGCUGACUGCAGAGUAGCUGAACUGUCUCUGUUCUCUCCCAUAUUAGUUCCCAGUAGCCCUAUCUACGCAUUUGACAGCACUUUCAAUGCCUGGCUCUUCCUUAGUAGCGUUUAUAAUGGGAUAAAGAAAAAGUGCAUCCAACAGCCCUGCAUCUCUACCUGUCACUCUGAGACAACCACAGCGAUGCGUUCCUGUGAUCAAAGGCAAGAGAAGCAGCUCUCAAAGCUCAGCCAGGAGAGAACCUCCAGUGUUGACAAUGGCAACUCAUACAGCUGGGCACCAGUGUGGAAGGCCAACGAGAUGCAGUCCAUCCCCCAUGAAGUGAGCCAUAAACAACGUCCAGCAGAAAGGCAAAGGGAGACAAAGAGCUUUUGGAUCAGGGAACAGCCCUGUGAGCAUUGUAAGGCUGAGAGGCUCCAGCAGUGGCUGCACCAGCACUUUAUUGAGCCUUCUGAGAAUUCUUCAUUAGAUAAGGACGUCUGGCAAGGUUAUCCAACGAGGAGAGUAGCUGCAGAGCUGAGUUCCUGAGUUCCUGUUCACCCAUGGCUUCGUUUCUGCUCCUACUGUGCAUUGUCUUCAUGUGAAACUUGCUGCAUCCUUAAUUUGCAUGAAGAACUGAAUCCAUAUCAAAGCACCACAUCUGAAGAUUGGAGAUGCUAGUUUCAAUAAAAAAUAUAUAUAAUAGAAUAUAUAACUUGUGAGCUGGAGCUCAUCCUUCAAAAUAACUGGUCAGUUCAAGCAUUUUUGAUAGGGUGAGAUCUUUCUGCUGUGGUAGGCUACUGGGGUAGGAGAAAAACCCAUGGCCAAGAAUCUACAGGUAGGAUUCCUUGCUCCCAGAAACAGUUGGGAUAACAUUAAAUUUCAUUCUACUUUCCUCUUCCUGGAAAAACAUUUACUAGAAUUCUUUGUGAGCAAAGCAUUGAAAAUAAUUCUUUACUGGUUUGAACCUGUGUGGAAAAAAAUUUCUGGAGCAGAAAUUGGCCUUCUGUCUAUUGGUUACCUUGAAAUGCUGAUACCUGUGAGAAUUUAAUCACAUGGAAUUCAUGUGUUUUGAAGAAGGGAUUCCUAACAAGUCCUGUAUAAAUUCCCCUUUGCUAGACUGAAUUGCCCUUCGCAUCAACCAUGAAGCUGAUUUUGAUCUUCAGUGCCCUCUUUGGGGCUGCCUUGUGCCUGGAAACUUUUGUUGGGCACCAGGUUCUCCGUAUCAAGACAAGAAAUGGGGAACAACUGAAGAAGCUACAGUUUUUGGAAACAUUGGAUCAUCUUGAGCUUGAUUUCUGGUUAAAUCCCUCCACCCCUGCCCUCCCUGUGGAUGUACGAAUCCCUGCUCACAGCCUCCAGGCAGUCAAAGUCUUCCUGGAGUCCCAUGGGAUUGAGUACUCAGUCCUGAUUGAAGACCUGCAGGUCGUUCUCGACAGAGAAAAGCAAGAUAUAGUUGCCAGUCAACAAAUGGAACGCAGCAGCAGCACUUUCAACUAUGGAACUUACCAUUCUUUAGCUUCUAUUUACCAAGAACUGGACAAUCUUGCAUCUGAGUAUGGCAGCAUUGUCAGUAAGAUCCAGAUUGGGGAAUCCUAUGAAAAUCGGCCGUUGUAUGCGCUCAAGUUCAGUGCUGGAAGAGGAAAGCGCCCUGCGAUCUGGCUCGAUGCUGGCAUCCAUUCCCGAGAGUGGGUUACCCAAGCGAGUGCAAUGUGGAUAGCUAGAAAGAUUGCCUCUGACUAUGGGAAUGAUCCAUCCAUCACCUCUCUGCUGAACAACCUGGACAUUUUCCUGCUGCCAGUCGCUAACCCUGAUGGAUAUGAAUUCACCCACACCACAAACCGCAUGUGGCGGAAGACCCGCUCCAAGAACUCAGGCAGUCUGUGUGUUGGAGUGGAUCCAAACAGGAACUGGGACGCAGGUUUUGGAGGUCCUGGAGCCAGUAGUAACCCCUGUUCUGACUCUUACCAUGGACCCAGUGCCAACUCAGAGGUGGAAGUUAAAUCAAUUGUGGAUUUUAUUACGAGUCACGGAAACAUCCAGGCCUUCCUCACCCUCCACAGCUACUCUCAGCUCCUGAUGUAUCCCUAUGGUUAUAAAUGCACUCCACCAGCAGACAACGCCGAGCUGAACACCAUAGCGAAAGCUGCUGCCAAUUCCAUCCAGUCCCUGUAUGGCACCACCUACACAGUGGGGAGCAUUUGCACUACUAUCUACCAAGCCAGCGGAGGCAGCAUUGACUGGAGCUAUGAUUAUGGCAUCAAAUACUCAUUUGCCUUUGAGCUGAGAGACACGGGUCGCUAUGGAUUCCUUCUUCCAGCUGCCCAAAUAAUCCCCACUGCUGAGGAGACCUGGCUGGGUCUGAAAACAAUCAUGGAAUAUGUACGAGACAACCCAUACUAAAAGCAGGGAUG